AUGGACAUUUUAAAAGAGAGCCCAGAGUGCAGCGACAAUGCUGAUCGUACAGAUGGCGAGAUGCUCGAGUUGAGCGGUGGUUACACCGUGGAGGAAGAAAGGGCGGUUCUUCGGAAAAUUGACAUGGUCAUCCUUCCAUUUAUGUGUUUCGUCUUUUUCCUGCAAUAUCUCGACAAGCAGAGCCUCAGCUAUGCUGGUGUAUUCGGUCUCAUCGAAGAUCUCAAUAUGACGAGCUCACAGUACUCGUGGUCUAGCUCGAUCUUCUACGUUGGCCAACUUGUUUCCGAGUACCCCUUCAUCUACUUGAUGAGUCGACUUCCAUUGACCAAGUUUGUCGGUGCUACCGUAAUUGUCUGGGGCAUCAUAUGUAUGUGCCUCGCUGCUCCAACCAAUUUCGCGGGGUUCGCCGCUGUACGAUUCCUCCUCGGCUUCAGUGAAGGCGCCGUCUCACCCGCCUUUGUUACAAUCACAAGUAUCUGGUACCGGAAGAAAGAGCACAACAUCCGCACAGCAUUAUGGAUUACCAUGAAUGGUCUAGCCCAAGUAAUUGGCUGCUUCCUAAUGUACGGUAUCGGUAAGAAUACCUCACUUUCUAUCGCGCCCUGGCGUGUUUUAUUUAUCAUCUGUGGUGCCAUAACCGUCCUUGCAGGCGUGGGUUUCUUUAUACUCAUGCCCAACGGACCUAAGGACGCGUGGUUUCUCAACGCUCGUGAGAGAGAGGUUCUCUCGCUGCGCAUGGCAGAAGAUCGGGAGGGUGGUGACAAGACGUCCUUCUCUAUGGUGCAGCUCAAAGAGACACUCAUAGACCCAAAAGCAUGGGUUGUCUUUUGGUUUGGCGUUUUGGUUUGUAUGCAAUCGCCUGUAUUGACCUUCGCGUCCCUUGUGAUCAAGUCUAUAGGCUAUAGCAAGCUUGAGACUAUGCUCUACACAGCUCCGUCGGGAGCUGUGCAGAUUGUUCUGUUGUGGAUCGGUGCAGGUCUGGUGUAUAUUUUCCCGCAUCAACGAUCACUGGUUGUCCUCGCUUUGAUUAUUCCACCUCUUAUUGGCACUGUUUUCUUGAUGAAGUUGGAUGUUGCUGCCCAAUGGGGCCUUAUUGUUGCUUCAUGGCUGGCUUCUUGCAUUACGGCAUCGAUGACAAUUCUUCUUUCAUUAGCGGCCUCCAAUUUCAAAGGCAACACAAAACGCGCCAUCGUGAACGGCAUGUUCUUCAUUGGUUAUUGCGCGGGUUGUAUUGCUUCGCCUCAGCUGUGGACACACCGCCCUCGCUAUACCUCCGGUGUGAUCACGUCAAUUGUGACGUGGUGUUUACUUUUCUGCGUGGUUAUUCUUUUCCGCUUCCUAUGUGUGUGGGAUAAUAAGGAACGCGAUAAGCAGGCAGCGAACUCGGAUCCUAUGAGUGUAGAACAACAUGUUGCGCUGGAUGAGAACGGUCUUCCUCAGACAGAUCUUACGGACAAACAGGAUCGGGAGUUCCGUUAUGUAUGGUAA